UGUCAGUGGUCUGUGCGCAGCAGAGCAAAGGUAGGCUACAGCCGCACAGUGCGUCGAGCGGAGAGAUGGAGGGAGAGCUGGCCGGCUGUGAGCGCGCAUGAACCGGGGAGGAGAAGAUCCGAUGAAGAGUGAAUAACAGCCAUGUUUCAUGCUGAGUAGAAAACAUCCUCACGGCCAAACCGGGACCCUCUCAGCGACCCCAGCGGCAUGAACCCCGUCCUACAUUGAGAGCCUUUUCAUGUGCAGGUGGUGUCAAGACAAAGAGGAAAGAGUAACAACAACACACCUCCGGGAGAGGAGGAGAGGAGGCUGCUGUGCCUUGGUGCUAAACCCGGUUCAUCCUCAUGCACCGUCGGCCCCCCGCGAUGAAUCCUGCGUUGAGAAUCGGCGUUUUGAACAAGUGCAAUGUGGGCUCGUUUUGAGUUGCUGAACUCAUAUCCUCCGUGGACGAGGCUCUCCGGGCUUGAAGAGGGUCGCGGUGCAAAAGGGGCUUUUCCGAUAAUCCUUGUAAUAGCCUUGAGGGAGUAAAGUCUGCCUCUCCUCGGUGGGUUGGCAUGGCCCAGUGAUGAACGGAGCGGCGGUGCCCGGUAGCCCGGAGCUCUCCUCCUCGUGCCCACUGCCAGACUGGCGAGAGUUCUGUGAGCUCCAUGCUCGAGCCUCCGCUGCAGACUUCGCUGACAAGUUCCAGCGCUUCCUUUUGGAGAAUCCGUGCUACGACUCGCCCGGCGCCGAUGCCAGCUUCUCACAACACUUUGCCCACCACUUCCUGGAGUGCUUCUCGGCAGCGCUGAUCCAGGCCCGGGAGAACCAGGCGUCCUCGCCGGGGGAGGACGGCUCCAACACAGCACCCAAGUACAGCAUUGUUCCUUUCCUGGGAAUCCAGGGCUGCCCGCUGUCCUACGGUCACGACCUUUACCAGAGGCGCAAGGACGCCGGGGCUUCAAGUGAAUCCCUGGAUAGCAUGGACAGUGGAGGGGGAGGGAUAGAUGGGGGAGGCAAUGGCACCACUGCCUCCCAAGGCCCCCAGUCAACCCACAAGGUGUCUGCUUUGGGACAGUCGCGCAGCUCAGAGGACGUGUCGGUCAGCCACCCAAAGGCUCGCUUCAAGAAGGGCUUCUCCCUGAGGAACAUGAGCCUCUGUGUGGUGGACGGGGUGAAGGAAAUGUGGCACAGACGGGCCUCCCCUGAACCCGACGGUCCCUCUGGAGCAAGAAGGGCUAACGGGGGAGGGGUGGGUGGGGGAGGGGGAGGAGGGGAGGCUGCAGGGGGAGAGAAAUGGUCCCAAAAGCUGCGGCUCCCCAGGGGUUCCCAGGGCCACAAGGCUGAGAUGUUGGAGAUCCAGAGGGAGGGAGGGCUGAGAUACAUGGUGGCUGAUGACACAAACUGUAUGGGCGCUGCACAGUGGCAGAAGUGCCGCCUGCUGCUGAGGAAGACGAAGAGGGAGGAAGGGGGUGAGAGGUUCCUGCUGGAGUUCUACGUACCACCCAAGUCCUCAAAGCCCAAAGUGAGCAUCCCUCUGUCAGCCAUCGUGGAGGUGAGGACCACCAUGCCGCUGGAGAUGCCUGACAAGGACAACACUUUUGUUCUGAAGGUGGAAAAUGGGGGAGAGUACAUCCUGGAAACCAUCGACUCGCUGCAGAAAAACUCCUGGGUUGCUGACAUCCAGGACUGCAUAGACCCCGGUGACAGUGGUGAUGACAUCGAGCUGGCGUCGUGUCCUCAUGGUCAGGCCUCCAAAGACUGCUCCAUGGUGGCCUCUUGUAGCUGUGAACUGCUGUCUGAGGGUGUGUAUCGUGCUCCGGAGAGGUCGUGUCCUACGGUAGCAGAGCAUUACAGCGCCCCAUCGGUCCGUUGCAGGGAAUCCCCCUUCACCCAGCACCCAUCCCACAUGCCUUUAGAGCGCUUCCUCCAGUCCCCCGAGGCCCAGGGCUCCAACUCCUCUGGAGGUGGCAGUGAAGGAGCGAAAGAGUCAGAUGGCGAUGCCAGCCUGGAAGCGUACCCAUGGUUCCACGGUACACUGUCCCGCGUGCGUGCGGCUCAGUUGGUGCUUGAAGGCGGGGUCGGAAGCCACGGGCUCUUUGUGAUUCGGCAGAGCGAGACGCGGCUCGGCGAGUACGUCCUCACCUUCAACUUUCAGGGCAAAGCUAAGCAUUUGCGUUUGUCAGUGAAUGAGAACGGGCAGUGCCACGUCCACCACUUGUGGUUCCACACCGUGUCGGACAUGUUGAGACACUUCCACGCCCACCCUAUCCCCCUCGAAUCUGGAGGCUCUGCUGACAUCACAUUACGCUCCUAUGUACAAGUGCAGCGAAGCUCCACAACAGAUGUGACUGUGCCGCUAGUCCUCACCCCACCCAGGUAUGCAGGCUGCUGGACAGAUUCAGCCCAGCCGGCUUUCCACCCUCCUGGGAUCACAGUGCCUGCAGGGCCCCCUACUGAUGCCCUGCUCUCCUCCAGCAGCUCCUCCUCACCCACCGCUCUUCCCUCCCUCUCCCGCAGUGACCCAGGUACUGGAGGAGGAGUAGGAGGAGGGUUACGGAGCCGGAGCAACAGCUCUGAGCGCCUGCUGGAGGCCUCUAGUGGCGGAUCCGACGACUACCACGACGCUGACGGGACUCGCAGGGCUCGGGCAGUGGAGAACCAGUACUCUUUCUACUGAACAGCCUGGGGCAGGGUUCAGUAUUGGAGGUGACAUGCGACGCUCUGCUGCUGAUUUAAGAAAUGGUCCAAACCAUUGGAUCGCCCAUUGUUUUGUUUGUUUGUUUUUCUUUCAUGGCAGUUUCCUGUUCCUCCGAUUUGAGAAGGGAGGUGAGAUCAUGGCGAGCAGUGUGUCUACGCUAAUAAAUCCAUCAGGCUCUGCAGCUUUGUUUCAAACUCAGUUGUUAAGAAUGUGAGUGAGCAGAGGAACCGAAGGCCACAGUAAAAAAACGGAUAUGUAGAAAAUGCAGCCGGGAAGAUGAGUAGGCGGAGAAAGCAAGAGGAAGUCGUCCAGUGGACUCAUAUGGCUUUGAUUCAUCUCUUCUGACCACUUCCUGUUCACCCUUACCCACAGUUCCCUGGGAGCAGAGCCUGUGUCACCACCCCGCUGAACGAUUGAGAGUUUGAAAUGACCCUGAAGAAACAGUCCCUCCCCUCCGAGAUCCUCUGAGCUCCAGAGAGCAUCCCAUUAAUGUUUGUAAAGCUGCUUUGAGUCUGUCCGGAUAUCCUAACUGUCGCUGCAGGGUUUCCCUACAAAGCCCUGCUCUGGGUCUCUGCUCCAACAUCGGCACAGCAAUCAUGGGUGUGUUAGUGUUAGCUCAGAGAGGUUUUUCUUAAAUGGUGUACAGCCGAAAGGGUCUUAGUGCCUGACAACCUUGGACUCAAAUGGACUGUUGCCCAUAGCAACAAGGAGGAUGGUGUUAACAUCUUGCAUAAUCACAAAGGCCCAACAAGUGAAUGCAGGUGAUUACUUUACCGUCAUGUUCUGCUUAAAACACACUAAACAUGCAUAUCUUUGCGUACUGAAUUGGUUUUGUUCUCUUUUAUUGCUGGCUGCAACAUACACAGGUGUUCAUAUGUUGUGUUAGAAAUCAGUUUUAAAGUGUUGAAAUAGAGGAUGAACAACACAAGUUCAGUCUGUAUGAAUAUGGCAGGGUGGCUCCCAUUUUGCUGUCAUACCGGGCUAUUUCUCUGAGUGUGCGGUGGUGUAAUAGAGUCCAAAUAUUUUUCAAUGAUCGGUGUGCUACAGUAGUGUUUCUAAAAUGUGGUUUUCGAAGUCCCUCUUUCUGGUGCUGGUUGUGUAUUCAAGCUUAUAUCAAUAACAUGUAGAUUAAAUAUGCUGUAGUUCACUUUGAAGUAAUGCCUUUAAGAUAUUAGUAUACCAAAUCCAGCAUUAAGGCUGUCGGAGGGACGGGGGACUUGUGUUUUAGAAAGGUGGCAGUAUUGUGUACUGUUUGUGCGGCCUGGUGUGGACUGGAACUACAUGCAGUGAGCUAAAGGGAACUAGAUGGCCAUGCUGGAGUGAGAAGAUGUGAAUUUGCUGAUUUACUUUUUGCUGACAGAGCUUUGUAAGUUAAUAAUUAAAAAACAAAAAUAAAUUUCACACCACGAAAUACUGUAAGAAUUUACAUCAUGGUCCUGGACAUUCGUUAUACCACAAAACAGCAAUCAAAAUAUCAUCUUUAAAGUUAUAGAGUAGUCUUUGUAGCUUCACAUUUACUGUCCAAGUAGCAUCCUUCUCAUCAGUGUUCUUUCCAAAAUGUCAAACUUUUAUUUUAAUUAAAGGACAUUUUUUUCGUAUAGCCCAAAAUCACAAAUCACUUGUUUGCCCCAGAGGGCUUUACAAUCUGUACACACACACAGCCUCCUCUGUCCCGGAGCUUCACAUCAAGAGGACCCCCCCCCCCCCAAAAAAAACCUUUAACAGGUAGAAACAGGGAAGAAACCUUGAUGCAUGGCAGACAUUCCUGAAUACAUGAACAGAAGACACUUUUCAGCAACUGUAUUUUAAACAUAUGCAACACUUUUGUUAGGUUAUAAUAAACAUAUCAAGAGUCAACGUCUGUCUUUUCAAGCGUGGCCAUUUAGCUAUAAAUAAAUAAAGCAUUUUAGAGUCAGUCGAGGAGCGGACGGAGCAGUUCAUGUGCCAAUUUGAAUCCUAUUUUUGAAACAUAUUUAUUCCUUAACCAUAAAUAAACUGUAAAUUAAAUUUUUUCCUAUCGAGUCUUAUUUAUGUACAAUUGAUUGAUUCUUCUUGAUGAAACAGCCUCAGUGGAACGCACCUGAUGCAAGAGCCCAUAUCACAGAUUGCUCAUGCCUCCCUUUUAUUUUCUUAACACUUCUUAAAGCUACAAUUUCUGUUGUCUGACUGAGUUUUGAAGAGUCUGUGCAAUUUUGUACAAAGUGAUGUACUUGACAAACUACUUUAUAUUUCUGUGAAUAAAAUGUGAACAAACUA